AUGCGUUUCUCCGCCGCACUCACGAUCUUUGCCGCCGGCCUCGUGGUCGCCGCCCCCGCCCCGGUCGAGUUGACGGACAAGGACGCCGGGAAGAAGGACGGCGGCGCCAUCGCCGCGUGCGAGACGGCAACUGCCGCGGAGCAGGUGUCGUGCAUCGACGGCUGCGACAAGAAUGCCGCAUGUAUCGUUGCCUGCACUUCCAAAGCUGUCGCCGGUUACACGGGGUGCGCCGGUGUUGGUCCCGGACCAGCUCCGAAGACCCCGGCCACCCCCAAGGCAUGA